GCAGAUUCCACAUCCCUGGCAAAUUUAGUUGGAAAACAUAAACAUUUAUUUUUGUCGAGGCGAUUGGCUUAUUUUAUCAGAAAAUCAGCUUACAGGUAUGCUUACUAAGAGGUUCAUCGUGCUGCUGAAAGUGUUUGCAUGCUAAAAUGCAGAGCCAAGGCGGCCCCAGCAAGGUUGUCGCUACACUCCGAGCGGAUGGAAAUGUGUAUCCAAUGGAUCCCACUGAGCAGUCCAACUUGCUUCACUACGAAAUUCGGACCGAAGGGGAACACCAACUAAAGAAGGGCAAUGGGUCUGGAACAUCAACUGUUGUUGACCUGGGAAAGCAACUGCUUCAAUGCGCAAGGGACAGCGAUGUGACUGGCGUCAAAACGACGCUUGCACAUGGAGCCCCCUUUGCCUCCGACUGGCUGGGAAUGUCCGCGCUGCACUUUGCUGCCAUGAACAAUCAACUGGAAAUCUGUGAAAUACUUCUACAGGGCGGCAUCAAUAUGGACGCCAAAACAAAGGUGGACAGAACGCCUCUGCAUUUAGCCUGCUACUACGGCCACGAGCGAGUAGUCAGCUUAUUGUUGGCGCUCAAGUGCAGCGUCAAUUCUCGAGACAUGCUUCGAAUGACGCCGCUUCAUUGGGCCGUGGAGAAGAAGCACAAAACCAUUGUGCGAAUGUUACUAAAAUGCCAGGCGGAUGUGUCGCUAGUUUCGAAAUUCGGCAAGACCCCAAUUGCAUUGGCCGUGUACACUGAACAGGCGGAUGUGUUGGCGGAACUGGAGGCGGCGCGGCAGGCCCAGGCCAGUCGAAAGUUUAACGAGGAAACGGAGUUUUUACGCUUACUUAUCAACCUAUCGAUAUACGAUUUCUCACUACCGACGAAUGCGAUAAACCGAUUCCAGCGGCAGACACAUAAAAGCAGAAAGGAAACCAGUGAGGCGGUCAAUUCAAUAAUGAACGAGCCCGGGGACACCAAAAGGAAUGACGAUACAGAAAUGUCAGUCGAAGAAAGAAUGGAUGUCCUGGAAAACCUCCGCGGCCACACUAACGUGUUGGGCAACUCCGCGUUGAACAUGCUCAAGACCCACGGCAUUGCAGACAUGAUGCAGGAGAACGACGACGACGCCUCCAAGGAAAUGUUGAAUACGGCAUUGCAAAACGGUCGACAGCUCGUGCUCUCCGAAGGAGGCCGUAUGCUGUUGCACGAAACAAAGUCGAGCAUAAACAUCAAGCAAUAUGUGAAUGGAAGUGCCAGCAAAAGCCCAAAUGCGGGUCUUCGUCUCACCCCCAAUAACUCGCCCCCUCAGAAGAUUCGGAUGAAUGUCAUCAAGCAAAAGGAGCCAGCGUCGUCCAAUCCGCAUGGGGUGUCCAAGAACAAGAACAUACGCAUAAUCUCGUUGACUGAUUUUAAGAAACUUUGCGGGACGGACAAUCAGCCAAAGUCCUUACAAAAAAUACCCGCAUCAUUGGCAAGCUCUGGAAUGGUACGUCAGCUCCCCGAUGGCACCAAAGUGGUGAACAUGCGUCAGCUUCAGUCUCGUCAGCUGAAACUUCCAUCCGUUCAGAGAACCCUGGAACCCAGCAUGCUGGAUGAGCAGCAGCAUCUGCUGAAAGACGUUAUUUCCCCAUCGUCCCAGCAGGCCCCCGCGGCGAAUCCCGCUACGGCGAGCACGCUGAGGGGCCAAGUGGGCACCGUGCAGACAAUACAGCUGCGUCCAUCCCCAGCAGCUGGAGCUGCCCUCGGGACAACAAGCAACGGAGUUGCCAGCAAGGCUGUGGGCAACGUAGCAAAGCUCGGCGCAAAGGGCGCUAAUGUAAUGCCGCUGCUGACUUCUUCUGAAAUUUGUCGGGAACUGCACGAGCUUCGACGGCAGAACGAGGAAUUGCGCCGGCGGGUGGAUUCCUUUCACCGAGAAAAGGAGCAAAUGGUGAAGCGCAUUGACCGCUUGGAGCAUCUUGUGUUAAUUCGCGAGGCAGAAAUCGAUUAUUUAGGCGACUUGUAGUUUAGGACCUAGAAUAAACUUCUAUGUAAAUAGCGGAUAGCACUAGUGCAUACCACCGGAGGGAACUUUUUAUUUAAUAUGUCACUAUAUUGACUGCUGCCGUACGUAUCGGCGUACAGUUUUCUAAUGGAGGAGCUCAACAGUUAAGUUAAGUUUUAAAAAUAGUUUAUUAAGCUAAUCAGCUAAGUUUAAGUUCAGUUGCUAAACACAAAUUGUUUGAGCGGUUUCAUAACAUUUUCUAACAGAUUUGUAUUAAUAUGAAA